AUUUCGGAACAGAAUCUAGUCCUUCGAUAUUCUAUCGCAGUGAUAUUGACACUCGAAAGUCCAACAAUCUGAUCUCUAUGAGAUCGCCGGUCACGACCGAAGUUAAACCGAGCUCAUUUUGGAGUAUGGUAAUUAAAAUUUACAUACAAAUUAUACAAAAAUGGCGGGUGUUGAAGAGGGUCAAGAAGAUAAUUUGGAACUUCAAGGCGAACCUGUCGAUGGAGAAGCAAAGAAACUUAUUGAAAGUUUACAAUUUAAAAAUCCUGGACCUCAAUUAAAGAGUUUUUCUGAAUUCGAUCCUGAAAAUAGCGCGAGAGAACUAAGAAAGAUCAAUAGAUUGAUAUCUGACACAGGGAAAGGCAGGUCUGGUCGGAAGGCAAAAGGAGACACUAAACCUGCUUUACAUGACGUUACUGGGAGAUUAGUAUCAAAUAAUGAGGAUUUAUGUGACUGUCAGGAUGUGGACUGUGCAGGGUGUCAUUUUCCAUGUUCGUCUUGCGGGUCAGAGAAAUGUGGUGUAGAAUGUCGUUGUGGUCGGAUUUGGACAUAUUGUAAAGAUGUAAUGACUACAGAUUCAUUUAUAUUGAGUUUUAAUCAAAGAAUGGAUACAAAGACAAAGAUGAGGUGAACCUAGGUGGGCUGUUCUACCAAGAUACAUGUGUUACUCUGUACAAAGCCGUCGGAAGCGGGGAGCUUGGAGGGGGGGGGGGGCUUCCAUUCGUACAAGCAAAACACACAAACAAACUAGAAAAGUGUGAAAGCAAUUCAAAUUUAUUCUUGAGCACCCCCCCCCCCCCCCCAAUAUGGAUUUACUUCCGACGGCCUUGCUGUACAUUGUUCUACCAAGAUAUAUAUGCUAUUCAUUUCUAUGAUUCGAGUUUGCAUUAUCAAUUUUUCAUCUUGAAGUCACAUUUGGUUGUUCCGGAAAACACUGAUACCUCCCACAUGGAGGAAAUUGGAAGUUAACCCUCACAAUCAGAAACAAAUUUUUCUCCCCUCCAAAUGGCAGAAAUGUCCUCCGUGGGGGGGAGUGUGGAUCUGUUAUGGAAUGGCCCAUACAUGGCAGGGCUUGAAAUAACAACCGAUCAAUGAUCAGCAAGAAAUUGCUUAUGAUCGGCGGAAAAGUAGGGUUUCCAGCCUGAAAAAGCAGGGAAAGUCAUGACUGCCAAUCACCAUGAUCGGGAACUUUAUUCCAAGCCCUGUAUGGUAUUGUCCAAACAUCUUGACAUUUUUGGUAGAUGGAUCUGAGCAUGAAGAUCCAUUUUUGGCAAAGAUCUGUAGGUAGUGAGAUGAAAAAUCAAUUAUGUCAACUUAGAUUGGGGAAUUCUCCAAUCUGAGUUAGCAUUAUUGAUUUUUCAUCUUCAUAUUUUGCAGAAAUGGACCCCAAAAUUGAAAUAUUUAUGCCCAAAUUCGUCUAUACUGAAAAUUUCACAAUUGGUUAGGCAGUGCAAGUUACAGUAUUUUGAAAAUUUAGUUAUUCAUGUACAUUUUGACUGGAAUUUGCUGCAUCAGUGAAAACAUUUCUGUAGGGUCUGUACUCUGCAGAUAGUGAAAUGGAAAAUUGAUGAUUCUAACUCAGAUCAGAGGAUGUUUUAGUUGGAUUUGUGCAUAUUUUAAGGGGCUACAAUUCAAAUUGUCACAGAUAGUGCCCUAUCUAUAUUGUUAUAUUUAUUGUGAUUUUCCCAUCUAGGCAGAGUCUAAAAAAUACAAAACUGGGGGUGUACCCCUAGACCCCCAUACGGGUUUGCACUUUUCCAGUUCAGUGCCUCCUAGUUAGGUUGUUAUACUGUACUCUCAAUGUAUGGUUUGGAUCCUGCAUAUUGCCUUUGUUAGUUGGAUUUGAAUGUAACAUAAAGAUGAAAGGACUACAAAUUAAUUAAUAUUGAGUUUUAACAAAGAAUGGAUUCUACAAAGCCAACAACUGAAGAAUAUUUGGUAUGCUGCACAUUGUCACUGUAUUCAGACUUGUUACUAUAUUAAAAUUGUACAGUAUCAAUUUUUUACCAUUUCAAAUAAAUUUGUUCACUUGUUUGUUAUUGGGAAUUUGGUUACUCAAAAGUUUCAUAUACUGUACAAUAACUUAACCUAUUGAGCACCGGUACUCAGGGGCGUAACUUGUCUCUACGUAUGGUGGGGG